AAUGAAAUCAGACAUUGCUAUUCUUCAAGUGAAAAAUGAAGAAAAUGAAUAUAAUUUAGCUGCUUCUGAUAUUUCAAGCAGUAAUAAUAGUAGCAGUAAUCGAUCUAGUAUGAGUAGUCUGGAUACUACUCCACUUGAGUUAGGCAUCGUCAUCAAUGCCCUUCAACAUGCUAUUGACGACGAUGCAACAAUCAUUCAACAAGAACAAGAUCAUGAACAGAAGAAGAUAGAACAAGAUACUAGUAGCGGUUCAGCCAAUGUCAUUAAGAUAUCACCUAUUGAUCCAAAGCAUAUAAAGCCAAACACAUUGAACCCUCGGGAACAAGAAAAAGCAGAUGAACACUAUUUAAAAGCAAUACAUUUACUCUUCAGUAAUAAAUUCAUGAAAGCAAAACAAAUGUUCGAGCAAUAUGCACACACUGAUCCAUUUUAUACUUCAGGAUUAGGCUCUAUGACAUUUUUCAAAGCCAUCAUGACAAUGGAUCAAGGCUCUAUAGAGAAUGCAAUGCAAGUAUUAAUGUCAACAUACACCAUUGCUUCAGCACAAAUCCAUAACACAACUGGACCUUUUAUCGGCAGUAAAUUAAUAAGCUAUGUGACAUCUUACUGUCAUGCUAUCAAAAUAUCUCGAGGAUCUGCUCUCCCAACAAAUGUGAUGCCUGUAAAACCCAAAAAGCUAGAAUUGCACAAGACGCAUAGAACUCCAAAUGGUGUCUUGCGUGCUCAUGUUGUUAAGGCAGAAGCGUGUUUGCAAAUGGCCAUUCUUUAUUUGUUUCAAGAGACGAUUGCAGGCUAUAUUAAAUGUGGUCUCAAUCUAAGACGAGCUUAUACUAGUUAUACCAUUGUGUGGCAAGAAUAUAAGCGCAUGGGGCAAUUACAUGACGAGUAUAUUGACAGAGAUACGAUUUCUGGUAUACAGUUUGGUAUUGGAUCCAUUCAUUUGGUAUUAUCGUCUUUACCCAGCAAGAUACUACGUACAGUAGCUGCUUUUGGAUGGAAAGCAGAUCAACAUUUAGGUUUUGCUCUUCUCAAAUUAUGCCUAGAAAACAAGAGAGCGAAAUCACCCAUGGCAUCAGCCAUGUUGUUGGCUUACUAUACCACACUCACCAACCUGUGCCCUCAAUUACUUGUCGAUGAAUACACACAGCCAGCGAUUCAUACACUGUUGGACGCACAAAAGACGUAUCCUAACUCAACCAUCUUCCUUUAUUUUGCAGGUCGAACAUCUCGUAUUGCACGCAACUUGACACUCUCAACACAGUCAUUUUUGUAUGCCAUUGAGACAAGUAAGAACGAAUGGGUUGAAGUACAAAUGAAUCAAAUGGCGAGUUAUGAGAUCGGCUUAAAUUACAUGAUGCAGAGCGACUGGGAAGAAGCUGCCGGUAUCUUUGAUGCGCUUUACAAAGAGGGCUAUUGGUCGCCCGCUAUUCUUCGCUACCUGACAGGUGCUUGUUUGGAUAUGAUGGGACGUCGAACAGAAGCCAUUUUAGCGUUUGCUCAAAUCCCUGGUUUGAUUACACGCACAUCAAAAUUCAGUAACAACACAACGACAUCAGGUAUGGAACAUUAUAUUUUACACAAAGUCGAGUUCUUUCAAACCACUGGGUAUCAAGACAUGGACAUGACCAUGUGUGCACUUGAAUAUCUUUAUUUGUGCAACGCGUUUGAAUUCAUGGACACAAUGCAAUUAGAACACAACCUGCAUUUGACAGAGGAUGCCCUGGGCCGCAUUUUGGAUACUGAGAAACUUGAAUACAGUAUUCGUGCCAGAGAGUUACUACCAGAGACACCACCACCACAAUACGAUCCUCAACGUGCCAUCUUAUUGUUGAUCAAGGCAGCUAUUUUGAAUGCUAUGGGCCGAGUUCAUGAAUCUAUUAUUCAUUUGAAUUGGGUUAUAGAUCACAAAGACACGAUGACAGCGGAUUCUUGGGUUUUACCCUUUGCUUAUUGGGAGGUGGGCACAACAUGUUGGAACUUGAAUCAUAAAACGCGAGCAAAAGAAUUUUGGAAGACCGCAUCAAGAUUUACAGGCUACAAUUUUGAGUACAAAUUAGCCACGCGAGUUUAUCUUGCUGUCACACAAGCGGAAAAAUUGGGUAUUGUUCAAAGAUUAGAUAAGGUCAAAUCAAACGACAAGACGAACGAUACUAGCAUGCCGAUAAAAUAUCGAUUAUCUACCUCCGAAUCAAAAGAUAUGGAACACAUUGUUCAACAAUUAAGACUAUAGAG